UCUUCAAGACAGACAAACAGCGAGAGAAUGAAGGCAAAGAGCCGACAGUCUCUGUUCUCGGCUGCGGGGCGCGGUCCGCUGAGCACGGGGCUCAGCUCCAUCACCAGCCAUGUCCUGCUACAGCCCGUGCCAGCCCAGCCAGCCCUGCGGCCCAACCCCGCUGGCCAACAGCUGCAAUGAGCCCUGCUGUGUGAGGUGCCAGGACUCCACCGUUGCCAUCCAGCCCUCCCCCGUGGUGGUGACCCUGCCCGGACCCAUCCUCACCUCCUUCCCACAGAACACCGCCGUGGGCAACUCCACCUCUGCUGCUGUUGGCAGCAUCCUCAGCAACCAGGGGGUGCCCAUCAGCUCCGGGGGCUUUGGCCUCUCUGGCCUCUCCAGCUUGGGCAGGAGCUGCCUCCCCUGCUAGAGCUGCUGGCCCUGGCCCUGGGCAAGGCCCCCAGGCACCCACCAGAUGCUCCUGCCCUGGGCACACAGCAUCCGCUUGCUGCUUUCAGAGGGGCUGAGCACCCCCAGCACCCCUUGCCAAAGGACAGGGCCAGCCUGGGCUCUGGCACAGCACAGCCCAUGCCUGCCUCUGCCCUCUGCCACUCUCUGAUGGCCCUCCCGUGGCCUCCUUCUCUCCUGCUCCCGUGGCCUGGCAGCACCACCAAGCCAGCCUAGGGAGGACCUGCUGGCCCUGCUCCCUCGCUGGGGCAGGCACAUGGGCACCUGCUGGCAUGUCCACCACAGCCAUGGGGUGCAGAUUCCUUCCUGCUCCUGCUGCUCCCUGCACCAGGACCUCCACAAAGAACUGCUUCGUUUCCCGGGUUUGACUCAUUAAACUCUGCUGCAUCCCAGCCCAUGGCUCUGUGCCAUCCUUUCUCCUGCAGAUGCUCUGUGGGGCUGGCUCUGGAGGGGGGGUGGCUGUGCA